UAAGUAACGAACUCAAACAGUUCAGUUCCAAACACUCAACAUGCAAGUUAAAAUUUUUACUCUAUUGGCCAUCGUUUUGGUGGCUCAACAAUGUGAAUCUGCCAGCAUUUCAUUUGGCGAUCUGAUGGGAGAUAUUUCCAAGAUUGCUGUCGCCGGUGAAAAGCUAAGACACCAAAUAGAAAACCAGCUAGGAUCAGCUGCUCAAAGCGCACAAAUUGAUACUGUCAAGCCUGAGCCUUACAAUAUUCUUGGCGAUGCUUUGGGAGCAAUGGGCAAUGCUCUUGGUGACUUGGCUGUAAGUUAAAGCAGU